AAAGAAGUAAGAGGGGGUUGGUCGCUUCAGUGCAAAACCAGCUACAAAGAUUGGAAUGUUUGGGAUGAUAGCGAAAGAAUGUGCAAAAACUUCUUUCUCAUAAAGGGUUUCAGAAUGUUUUAGGGAAAGGUUAAUUAAUGCAAGAUGUUUUUCUGUAAGUUGUUUUGAUGUCUCUAAGAAGGGUUGUUUUAGGCUUAGUAGAGAUAACACAUAAGUUGUCCCGUGGGAAGAUGUGUGCAGAAACUGAUCACUUCUGUAUACACUGCUUACACGUAAGCCAUUUUGGGCAAGGACACUCAAUUAGUAUAUAAGGGAAGGUUCCGCCCUCAGUUUCUUUGGAAGCUCAACCGUGGGGAACGUGCACACCGCCCGGUAUUGGACCAGGCUCACGAGUUGAUCCUCUGACGAGACUGACACGCGGGCUCCCCCAGUCUACUGGUCUAGGAUGAUGGCUCUGGGUCUUUUGAUAUUACUAAUUGGGGGUGUUCUGAAUGAAGUAGGAGCCACCACAUUAGGAGGUGAGGCAACGGAGACGACUCCGGUCCGAUGGUGGUGGAACGAUUCCACUAAGCCCAGACGUCAGGAGAACACCACGUGUCUGGAGAAUCAGUCUUGCAAUGUCCUCAACAUUACGACUGGUGACGGGUGCACCAUCUACUCCUCGAACUUGAAGGUGCCGGGGGUAAAACCACAGAAGUAUCUGAUUGAGUGCUCUGAAAACUUAAAUAUUACCUGGACGUCGAAAGUAACUUGGUGUAUGGGGCCCUGGAACGGCUCCAAGGUACAGUGCGAGGACAAUGCAACAUCAAGCGAAUACACCUCUAAUAAGACUGGGCCCAUUGGCUGGAUCAAUGCAACUGAAAUUAUUAACAGGACUAUACCAAUGCUUGCUAUAGCCGUGUGGGCUAGAACCCCCAUAACGAGACAGUCACAUGUAGAACCAAUAAUUGACACAUGUAAACUUGUUUCUAUGACAGCAAAAAGGACUAUGGUUACAUGGCAAGUGACGUUUCCACUGUUGCCACAGUGUAAGCGUGCUAAACGGGCAUGGUAUGACACUUUCUUAGGAGGGGUUGGCACCACCCUAGGAACUUUAAACACCGUAGAUAAUGAAAUAACUGCAAACAAGCUUGAGAAUGUGGGACGACAUACUCACAAAGUGGCAGACCAAAUGGCUAGGUGGUUACCUCAGUCCAUGGUCUCUCAUCAGCAAACAGUAAACUGGGAACAACGCGCUUCAGAUUGGAUAAUCACGGCUAGCAAUGACACUCGAUGGCUAAAUGUGUCAACUUUCAUGAACUGGACUGUAUGCACUUUUAACAUAUUACAAGCACAGAUACAGAAAAAUAACAUGCAAAUGGCUUUAAGGACUAAUAAUAUGCAAAUAUGGCAAGAUAUAUGGAACAUUAGCAGUAGCUUAUGGUUAACAGUUAAACCUGAAUAUAUUAGGUGUAAUGAUACAAUAUGUAAUGGGUAUUGGUUUCAAUAUAAUGUUACCACUAUGAUAACCUUGUGUAGAUAUCACGUUUUACCUGUUGUUGCACACGGACACCCUUUGGUGCUGCUUAUUAUUAUUAUUGCUUUAAUGACUAUAUUUAAUUGCUAUGUGUUUUGUGUUUUAAAACGAAUUAAUAAUAGAGCACGACAGACAAGGUUGCUGAUUUUGCGCUGAGCGAGGGACCGAUUGUAAUAAAAAGGUUUUCUCUGUAACAGGAGAAGGGAUAAAAUAAAGAAGUAAGAGGGGGUUGGUCGCUUCAGUGCAAAACCAGCUACAAAGAUUGGAAUGUUUGGGAUGAUAGCGAAAGAAUGUGCAAAAACUUCUUUCUCAUAAAGGGUUUCAGAAUGUUUUAGGGAAAGGUUAAUUAAUGCAAGAUGUUUUUCUGUAAGUUGUUUUGAUGUCUCUAAGAAGGGUUGUUUUAGGCUUAGUAGAGAUAACACAUAAGUUGUCCCGUGGGAAGAUGUGUGCAGAAACUGAUCACUUCUGUAUACACUGCUUACACGUAAGCCAUUUUGGGCAAGGACACUCAAUUAGUAUAUAAGGGAAGGUUCCGCCCUCAGUUUCUUUGGAAGCUCAACCGUGGGGAACGUGCACACCGCCCGGUAUUGGACCAGGCUCACGAGUUGAUCCUCUGACGAGACUGACACGCGGGCUCCCCCAGUCUACUGGUCUAGGAUGAUGGCUCUGGGUCUUUUGAUAUUACUGUAAGUAUAGUAUAAUUCACAUAUCUGUAUUACUGUAAGUCAAUAGUAUAAUUCACAUAUCUGUAUUACUGUAAGUCAAUAGUAUAAAUCAUAUAUCUUUGUCAAUAGUACAAUUCCUAUAUCUGCAUGUAUAUUGCUAUUAUAUUGUAUGUAACUGAUAUUAUAUUUGAACAAGUAAACAAUUGAAGUAUUGGACCUUUCCUCUCUGAUUCUUGCCUGCUUAUUUUGUUAAAACCUUUGAACCAU